AAAAUCUCCCGGCAUCCCUUCCUGCGGAAGCAUCCGCUACAGCAGUGAGCGUAGUUUAGCUGCUGCUUUAACUGACAUGUCUUAAAUUCUGCUCUGCAAAGCUCGGGCAUGCUGGCAGCCGCCUCGGAGGCAACUUCUUUGCUUGUGCUGAUAAUUGAGAGUCUCAUUGGAGACUCAGGAGUAAAACAGAAAUUGAAUCUUUUUGUUGGUUCCCAUAUUGAGGAUUGUGUUUUCUUUUUGUUGGAUUUUUAAAAAAUCUGGUAGAGAGACAUCUUCAUAGUAGAACUGUAUUCAUUCCUCCAAAGUUACAGCUGCUCUAAAUCUAUCUUCUCAGUCAGAUAUGGCAACAAGCAACUUCCACUUUUCAUCGGGUGAUCCAAAACGGGCAUCCAGACAGGUCAGAGGAUCUGAUGUGAACAGUUUAUCUUCAACCAAGGUGGAUCUCAAGAGUGGUCUAGAAGAAUGUGCAAUGGCAUUGAACUUAUUUCUAAGUAACAGAUUUACAGAUGCCUUAGAAUUGCUUCGUCCAUGGGCCAAGGAGAGUAUGUACCAUGCUUUGGGCUAUAGUACCAUUGUGGUGUUGCAGGCUGUCAUGACCUUUGAGCAACAGGACAUUCAAAAUGGCAUUUCUGCCAUGAAGGACGCCUUGCAAACCUGCCAAAAAUAUAGGAAAAAAUUCACAGUUGUAGAAUCUUUCUCAAGUCUCCUUUCUCGAGGAUCGCUAGAACAGCUAAGUGAAGAGGAGAUGCAUGCCGAAAUCUGUUACGCCGAGUGUCUCCUACAGAAAGCAGCGCUCACAUUUGUGCAGGAUGAAAAUAUGAUCAACUUCAUUAAAGGUGGACUGAAAAUUAGAACAAGUUACCAAAUAUAUAAAGAAUGUCUUUCUAUUCUGCAUGUAAUUCAGAAGAAUAAACAUGAACAAGAAUUUUUCUAUGAGUUUGAAGGGGGCGUCAAGCUUGGAACAGGAGCCUUUAAUUUGAUGCUGUCCCUUUUACCAGCAAGGAUUAUCAAAUUGCUAGAAUUUAUUGGAUUUUCUGGAAACAGGGAGCUGGGCCUCCUGCAGUUGCGGGAAGGUGCGUCAGGAAGAAGCAUGCGAUCUCCGCUGUGCUGCCUCACUAUCCUGGCUUUCCACACCUACAUCUCUCUGAUACUCGGUACAGGAGAAGUGAAUGUGGUGGAAGCAGAGCGUCUCCUUGCACCCUUCCUCCAGCAGUUUCCAAAUGGCUCACUAAUGUUGUUUUACCAUGCACGCAUUGAGCUGCUGAAAGGGAACAUUGAAGAGGCACAAGAGAUAUUUCGAAAAUGCAUUUCAGUUCAAGAAGAAUGGAAACAGUUUCACCAUCUCUGUUACUGGGAGCUAAUGUGGAUUAAUGUGUUUCUACAAAACUGGAUGCAGGCAUAUUACUAUUCAGAUCUCCUUUGCAAAGAGAGUAAAUGGUCCAAGGCAACAUAUGUGUUCUUGAAAGCUGCCAUUUUGAGUAUGCUUCCAGAGGAGGAUGUAUUAGCAACUAAUGAGAAUGUGGUAACAUUAUUCAGACAGGUGGAUGGCUUGAAGCAGAGAAUUGCUGGUAAAUCUCUCCCUACUGAGAAGUUUGCUGUGAGGAAAGCUCGGCGUUACUCCCCCUCCUUGCCUGCCCCUGUGAAGCUCGUCCUGCCAGCCCUGGAAAUGAUGUAUGUCUGGAAUGGUUUUUCAAUAGUGGGAAAAAGAAAAGACCUUUGUGAAAAUCUCUUGGUAACCAUUGAAAAAGCUGAGUCAGCUUUACAAAAUGAAGGCUGUACUGAUUAUUCUGUGGAUGACGAGUGCAUAGUGAAGUUACUCAAAGGAUGCUGUCUCAAGAACUUACAGCGGCCCUUGCAAGCUGAACUGUGUUUCAAUCAUGUUGUGGAAAGUGAAAAGCUGCUGAAGUAUGACCACUACCUAGUUCCGUUCACUCUGUUUGAGCUGGCAUUUUUGUAUAAAAACCAGGGGGAAAUUGACAAAGCCAUAAAGGUCCUAGAAACUGCAAGAAACAACUACAAAGAUUACUCCUUGGAGUCCAGACUACACUUCAGAAUUCAGGCGGCUCUUCACCUCUGGAAAAAACCCUCCUCAGACUGAUCAAAACAUGAAGAAUGGAAUUUCCCUCAGCACUGGCACCUACUGUAGAUCAGUCCUUGUAUUAAAGUGGAAAAAUGAUCUUACGAAUAAGAGACACAGAACCAGUUUUAAUUGUCAAAAUUUUCUGCCCAUCUGAUUAGUUUAUUUUUAGUCUAUAUAAAUUUUUUUUCUUAUGGAAUGAUAUUCAGUAAUGUCUAGAAAAUUCUUAUAUUUGCUUCUCCAAAAUGAAUUUCACAUUAGUUUUUAACUGGGGAGUGAAGAAGUCUUUUGAAAGACCCACAAGUACAAUCAAGUCUAAUUAGAUUAUUUAUUUUUUUAUGUGGAAAUUAAUAUUGUUUAGGAAGCAAAUGGCUUAGGUUUAGCCAUUUUUAGAUUUGUUUCUUAGUUAAAUUUCAGAGAUAUUUUGUUGCCUAUUGCUUAAAUCUUAGAAGGGAAGAAACACCGCACUCAGAGUAGUUUAACAGUGAACUCUUGAAGACUGAAAAAGCAGAAGAUGUGAACUGGGUUAGGGUAAUGUAUUUCACAGGUUAAAGUGACCUGUAUUUGUUAAAGAUGAUGAAAUACUAAAUGAUUGAGUUUGUACUGUUCCUGUUAGUUAAAAAAUUGUGAUACUUUUGAGAGACUUAUUUUUGAAUGUACUUGAGUCUAUUAUAACAGCAAAAUUUUCUUAAAAAUCUAAAGAGAAGUCAUAAUUUAGAGAUUUUCCUUAACUAUAGUGAUAAAUGCUAAAAUAUAUACAUUGGUUAUUUUUCUUAUAGUAAGCAAAAUAUGUUUCUUGCUUUAAAUGAUAUGUAAAAUAUCUACAGUUUUAUACUUACAAAGUUGCUGAGAUCUUAUUUUCUAAGCUCUUAGCAUUGUGAUGGUUCCUUGUAAUAUUUGGAAUGUCCUUUAUUUGGGAAAUGGAAUCAGAAUAGAGCAGGAAAAAGCUUUGGCUCUGUCCUGUUCUGGCUCUACUACCAAUGAAUAGUUCAUGGAGUGACCUUUAGGAAGUCCCUUCUCCUUCUGCUUCACUGUAUUUUCCUCAUCUGUGGAAUGGGAAAAGCACAGGUGACUUUCAAGGUCUCUUGGAGUUUUGUAACUAUAGGUAUGUACAUUAGGUAUUUAUUUUCAGGAGACAAUGUUGAAUGUUUGAUCCAAACUAUUCCCACUGCCAGUGUUUCAGUUUUUCAGUCACUGCCAUUCCUUCCACCUCUUCAGGUGUGUACGUUGCCACUAAGGGCCAGAUUGCAUCUGGAAUGAGGAAAAAUAGUUCAUGAGUUGAACGGUUGGGUUUUAUCUCAUUUCUGUUUCUGUUUUGAAGAUGAGUACAUUACCUUGUCUUGGAGGCCUCUCACUUUCCAUAGAAAGAGCGCCCAAGCUCCUGUUCGGAGUCAGGAGCCCAUCUCUGUUGGUUAAUAACUCCACAAUGUGAAACAAAUGACUUAACCUUUAUGGGCUCAAUUUCUUAAUGGGAAUAGCAAGGUGACACUUGGGGCUUAUGAGGGCUCAAUUAAAUGAUGUAUAGUAGCAGUAAACUGAGUAGCUACAGAAUAUGAGGAGUACUGUAAUAAUUAUAUAGUUUUCAUGCAUAGGUUAUAGUAUGAACAUAAAAUUAUUGGCUGAAUCUAUGGUUUUUGCCUUUAAAUGAAAGAAGUAUAGAAAUUUAAGAACCUUUAAAUUUGUUUGUGUAUUGGCACUAACAAUAGCCCAUAUUAUAAAUUUGCUCCCUGCUGUGCCUGGCUGCAGGACCCUGUGCCCAGCAGUCACUUUUGAGGUUUCCUUUAAGGUACUGGUUCUUGGCCAACACUGAGGAUGUAUUUCCUGUGGAAGAUGUUAAUACAAGUAGAAUCAGACAACCACCCCUUCAGAUGGUGUGGUGAUAGAUUUUAAUAUGUGCUAUUAGUAUACAUUACAUAAUUUUGGGGUCAGACAGAAGAGGAAAUAAAUUGAGUGUCAUUACAUGUAAUUGGUAGUGGAAAAUAUGUUCAAUAAUUAUUUUGUGUAUAACUUGAAAAAUGUUUAUAAAUUAUUUAGAAAAACUUUGGUAGUUUUAUUUUUUAAGGCAGAAAUAUCCAUAUUCUUAAGCAUAUAUACACAUAUUAUUUUUCUGAGAAGCAGUAAGUUUGAGUGGAUAUUAAAAAAAAUGCUAAUGUAAAAUGAAACCGCUUAAAGCUAAUAGUGACUUGAUUUUAGCCACAUUACCAAACAAAAAGGAAAUUCAUCUGUACAACUAAAAUUUUCCUUGUUUUGUUUUUGUUAUUUCUUCCUACCUUAUAGUUUCCUGGUAUUGUGGAUAAUCUGUCCAGGGGAUUUCUAAGUACUGUAAUAGCAUUUAUGAUAGGAAUGUUUAUGUUUGUUAUUAUGUUCAAGAUACUGUGCUGGCACCAGUUUCUUGUGACAUCAGCUACUGCUGCAGUUUUAGACUUAGUUUGUGAUUUAGGUUGUUUCGUGAACAGUGAGCCCUGAGGCGACAGUGUUUUACUUAAUCUUUCUAGGGGCAUAUCUGAUGGAUUGUGUUGCCAGUGUGUCUGGCAGUGUAAUUUGUGCAGUUCCUAGUAUAAUUGCCUUAAUUUAUUUUGAAAUGGAGAGUCAGUGUUCUGAUUAGUGCUUUGUAAAUUUCAGCAAAGGUUGUGCUUCACGGAUGGUGAUAAGGAAAGCAUGGUAGACAUGAUGGUUUUCACUUGACAACAGAAGAAAGAUGAAUCAGCUUUUUUUUUUUUUUUUUUUUUUUUUUUUUUUUUUUUUUUUUUUUUUUUUUUUGCCAGUAUUGAGGAUUGAACCCAGGACCUUUAGUGUACUACACAAGUGCUUUACCACUCAAUUAAUCCCCUGUUUAAAUUUUAUUUUGAGAGAGGGGCUCACCUAGCAUUAUAUCAGCUCUUGACAUAUAUUUUUAUGUUCUUUUGUGUGUCUGUGGAUAUAAGGUCUCAAAUUUUAUAGGAAAAAUAAUUUUACUGAUUAUCUCUCCCUUUACAAAGCAUAGAUUGGGCCAGGGAUUUAGUUCAAGGGUAAAGCACUUUACUCACAUGCACGAGGCCCUGAGUUGAUCCCUAGCACUAAAAACCAAGCAAACAUUGCAAGGAGCAGAGAUGAACCAAGGGGGUAGAAGCUGUAGGGAGGUGAAUUCCAGGUUAAUCAGUGGUGGGGAGAAGUUUUAAUCAUUGGCACAAUCCAGUAAUUUAGGCAACUCUGUGUGACUGUCAUUUCUACCUGGGCUUGGACUGGUUGAAUUUGAGAUCCCUCUAUGAUUCUUUGAUCAGGGCCUCAAAUCAAUACUGUGACAAAGAAGAAAAUGCCCCGUUCAAACAAAAAUGAACAUUUCUUCUUUUGAAGUUCAGUGUGUUAGGCACUAAUGGUCUGUACUAUUGAAACUCAUGGUUUCACUUCUCAUCCAUUCCUGUAAAAGGAGCGUAUUGAUUUUGGUGAACAGCAUGGUACUUCCAUCAUGGACAAUAAAAAUAAUAAUUAAAACCUGGUCUUUGUGACAGUUAAAACAUUCUUAUAUCGCUGUGAUUAAUUCUCCAUUGACUUAUUUUUUGCUAUUUGUUUUUAUUUCCUGGUUGUACUGUUUAUAAAUCUUAAAUUCAAAUACAUUUAGUUAAAAUAAUUUUGUUGUUCAUUGGGCCUGACAUGGAUCUUAACCUUUUUAAGCUUCUAAAUAGUACUGGUUCUCUUUCCGACCUGUUCUGUUCACUACAGUAACCAUGUGGCCUUAGGAUGGUUAGGGAACAUGAGGUGACGAGUGUCAAGGGAGCCUUCCCUCACAUGUGCCGCAAGGCCUCCAGGAGCCUGCGUGCUGCUGUUCUGGUGUGGCCUGCUGUCUGCUGUGACCACCUGGUGACCACACUCUCAUCAUCAGUUGAGUUUCUAAUAUCUGCAUGUAGAGUUUACUUUGUCUGUUUAAGUGCCCUUAAAUUUUCAUGCCAUCAUAUUUAUUCUGCAGAUGAUGGAGCUCACUGGCAUGUUUCUUUUCUGUCGGCGGGAUACGAGAGGUUGAACUCAUGACCUCACACUUGCCAGGCAAGUGCUUGUACUGCUGAGCUAACCCCCCGCCGCUCACUGGCAUGUUUAAACAUUAGUCUUAACUCUUCCCCCACACUACACUCCUUGUGUGUUAGACUAAAAGUGCUUACUUUGAUGGUUGCUAUUUCAUCUGAUUUUCUAGACAUUGUUUGGUUUUCACAAACUACAACUAUUAGGAUUAUUGAGGAGUGAUUCACCUUUGAACUGUUAGAUUUCAUUGAUUAAAAUCAAAACUUUAAAAUAACAUUCUAAAAAGUUGGUAAAGCCUUUUUAUCAAUGUUUCAACAUCAAAUCACUCAGUUAGCUCUGUAUUACUGUUCAGUGGUUUUUAGACACAAGUUAUCUACUUAGAGAAUGUAGCAGAUGAUUUAUUUGAAUACAUAUUUUAUGCCUUUUGCUGCUUAUUAAUAUUUUAAAAUAUGUGUGAUACCUAAGUGAUAUGCAUGAAUAUAACUAAGACAUACUGUACUUUAAUCUUUCUACACAUAUCUUGAUUAGAUACAUCUGCUCACCCAUUUAUAGAUGUUUACAAGAUAAUUUACUGGUAUUAAAUAGACUGUUUCAUACUAUUCUUUCAGGAAUGCAGGCUUUUCUCCAGCUUGUUCUUUCUUCUCCAGUCCAAUGAACUUUUUUCUUUUUGAAGUAUUACAUUGCUUGUUGUAAAUCCUAUUCCUGAUUGCCUGUUGGAAGUUUUGCCUUCUGUGCUUCCACUGUUAGAGUUAGUUAAACUUGAAAUGUAAUGAAAAGAGAACAUUAGACCUUAUCAUCAGGGAAAAUGUCUUGUGUGUCAAAUAGUUCUGUGUGGUCUUACAAUUUGCCUUUCUUAAGGCAUGGAUGGAGUUCAUUCCUGUCUGUUUAUAAAAUUUCCUCACUAUAGAAAGAGAGGUAAUAACUAGUCAGCAUGUUGAGAUUGCUAAGCAGGUCUUAGCCUCAACUAGUGGUUGUGAACCUGCACAUGGCAUCUGUGCCACAGCUGGCUGUUAUCAUCAAAAGCUCAGAAAGGUUUACCAUCACUGAAACCACCUAGAAGGGUAUACAAAUCUACUUUUGAUGAAGUUCAAGCAUCAUUCCCUCCUAUUUGCUGUUUACCCAUGAUGAGUGUUCAGCUUAGUAGCAGUGAAACGACUUUGCAUGUAAAAAUCAAAGCUAUAUUACACUAAAAAGAAUGCUCACAGAUUACAUAUUUAGUGGGAAAAAUCAAGGUACACCAAUAUCAAACUUUAUUAUGAAAAAUGAUUUAAUGUUAACAUAUAAUACAUCUUGUGUGCUACUCCAAGGGUUCUUAGAAACACAUAACUUAAAUGAUGGAUUUAUGGGUUUCUGGCAUAUCCCACUGUGAGCUUUUGUUUUAUUGGUACUUAUCAUUUUCUAGCAAAGUACUUUUAAUUACUGGUAAUCUUUUGGGUGCCAUUUGGGGAAAAAAAGAAGUUGGUCUUGGUAUAACAGAACUGAUAGCCAGAGAAAUUGAAUAAAUGGACUUAUUAAAGAAAAUUAUUAUUUAAUUUUAAAAGAAAUUGUAUUAUUUUGAAAUUUGAAGAUAUGAUACUUUCUGUUUUGGCUGCUAUAUAUUUUAAUUUAUUCAUAUUUUUAAUGGAGCAAAGUGUCCAAGUAACAGUUUGAAAGAUAGUAUAGUCAGUGAUUUUUAAAUAAUUUUCUGUGUUACUUUUUUUUACCUGAAAUGAUUUAUUCUUCACGGCAAAUAGUUGCUUUCUAUAGAAUAAUAUGUAUUUUCUUUUAAAAAAAAUUUACAUGUAAAGAGAGAUUAUGGUAAACAUUUUAAAUCCUAAGUUGUUUAUAUUUAAUGGCUUAAGAAAGCAGCACUGUUGGUUCUGUUUAACUAAGAUUUGCAGAAGGCAAACACAUGUAUUUUGCUGAUAUGUGCUGUCCAGAAAAAUGAUUAAAUUCUCAACAACAUGUUGCAUUCACAUAUUGUAGAAAUUCUAUAAUUAGUUUAUUUUUAAUUUUUCCCCUUGUUGACUGGUGGCAUAAACAUCUGAACACAAACUGAUUCAUUUAUAUAUUAAUGUUUUAAAACCUAUUAGAAAAUAUUCAUAGAACAGGUACAUUUUGAUGCAAGUUGCUAAAUUGUAUAUAAAGGCAAAUCUAUAUAUUUAAUAAGUGAAAAUUAUUAUUUUAUUACUGAAAUUUAUUUUCAAAGCAAAUUUAUUUUAUAGGUAUGCACUUAGAAAAUUUUGUUUUGUCUCAAAAGCAGAGAAUAACUCUGUCUUGUGAUGUGGUCACUCAAAAGCCCCUAACAUAAACUUGACAUGUAGGAGGAUUUUGAAAUUGUUUGAUAACAUUUGUUUUUACUUUUGUUUGGAUAAAACAAAAUUAAGUUGGAGGCCGCUGUAUUUUCUGAGUUUGAAGUUUCCUAUUGUGUUGUCAGGGCCACCUGUAUGUACUUCAUGGUUAAAUGUUCUGGUAAUAAAAUUUGUCAGUGUCUUAGCUUUUUCCUCACUACAUUUGAAAUUAGUCUCCUAUUUUUCUCAUUCUCAGUGGUCACAGUUUUACAGAGCAAAAAUAUUUUUAGAAGAUGAAGAUGUGUGAGUUUUGGGUAAAAUGAGUGUGUUAGUAACAUCCAACUGCCUGUCAAAUAGGCAAGUGUACCAUGUGAAGCUGCCUGGUACCAGACAGUGAAAUAGACAGUAGGGAUAAAAGCAUCUUAUCAAUACAAAUCAAGAAGAAAGAAGAAAACUGUGAACUUCUGAUACUUUUAAUAUAAAAAUUGUGUUUCCGGUGAAUAUUCUGCUUACUUUGUGUUAAUGUUAUCAUCUAUGAUUUAUAAGUUCAUGCUGAUAUAAGAUCUAAAUUUUCAAGAUGAAUAUAGCAAUUUCUGUGGCCUAUUUUUAUCAUUUAUAUGUUUUUGAAAGCAGAUGUCAUCUUAGAAAUUAUAUUUUGAGUGCAAAUAAAUCAUCCCAAUUUGAAAGUCAA